AUGCAUGACAAAGAGAACUGGGUAAACACCUAUGUUUUUAAGCAUCCUCACUUUGGAAAUUGCACUUCCAACCGUGCAGAAAGUUCACAUGCUUCUCUGAAGCAUGCCCUUGGAACUUCUUCCGGUAAACUGAAGACAGUUACCAUGAAAGUUGUCAAGUGGUAUGAAGCGUUGGUCGAUGAUCGAAAGCGCAGAUUGACAACGGAGUGUCUCGGAGAGAGCACUACCGUUGUGUUUGAUAAAAUCAAUUCUUCCAGGCUGAAUGAUAUUCGCCACAAAGUUUGUCGUUUUGCAAUGGACCACAUCAAACUUGAACUUGCCAAAUCAAUUAUACCUGAAAAACUCACAAAAGAGUGCGAAUGCCUCAUUAACUACAACUAUCUCUUGCCCUGCUACCAUCAACUUGCGCAGUAUAAAAAAAUCCCAAUUUCUUGCAUUCCCAGACGAUGGAGAAUAAACUACUUAGAAGGAGAAGACCACUCAAUUAUUCACAAUGCACUACCUGUACCUAAAAACAUCACUAAAAUCACCACAAUAACACCCCAACUCGCAUAUAAGCUUGAACGGGUUACUCAAAUACUUACCAACGCCCAAAGCAAACAACAGCAAAUACAUUUCGAAGAAUACAUCGACAAAAUAAUAGAACUAGACUCCAAGCAGAAACUUGAGAACCUUAAUGGUCCAACAGUAGUGGAAGCCAUCAAAGGCAGACCUAAAAAUACAAAAAGAAAAAUGAUUGCCCUAGAGCACUGUCUUGAAGCAGAAAAAGAAGAAACAACAAAAAAAACUAAAACUGAAAAAAAAACAAAAAAAAUAUUCUCUCCGGAAGCAGAUGGCAAUUGUGGCUAUAGAGCAAUAGCAAUGGAAGUAUAUCAGAACCAGGAACGAUGGCCUGAAGUCAAAGACAAAAUGUUAAAAAACUAUUUAAAAUAUCAACAUACUCAUUACCGAGGAAGAAUGGAGCACGGCCAUAUGCCUGCAUCCACAAACCCAUUAAUCAUCAGUCUACAAGACAAACGCUCGCCCCUCCCUCAACAGCAUUGGUUUGGUACAAUUUACCAUCCACAACUCGUAGCAAAUGCAUAUAACAGAACCGUAGCCGUAUAUUGGAAUACUCCAAGAGAAACCGGCGACUGUCUAUUUGUACCAUUCACCACCACACCAGACAGAUUCGAACCUAUUAUACUUAUUCUAGACAUCAACCACUUUCUCCUCGCAAAACGUAAACCAACCAGAAACUUCAAUUGGCCGCAGAUAAACCCAUUUCACAAAGCCAUAGCUGCCCAGGCUGCCCAGGCUGUCCCGCCAGGCUGUCCGCUCCAGAGACAUUGUUUUUGUGCUAGGGAUAUUCUGGCUGAAUUUUCCCUAAUUUACGGUCAUUUCUGCCAGAAUAUCCCUAGAAGUGUCCCAGGGCAAAAGUAA